AUGAGUCGCUACUACACCAAUAGCGGCGGUAGUAGUACCAAAGCGCUGAAUUUGACCGCCAGUGCCACUUCGAAGAAGAUGGCCACGAGACGGCAGGCUGAUCACGAGAGUGGUUUCUAUGAGCAAGGUACCGAUGAGACGCAUUUUGCCGGCUGUCACACCUCUACCAGCACCGGCGGCAGUGGGAAACGCACACGCCAACCCUCUGCCGAACAAUACAUGAAUGGUGGUCGCAGUAAGCGGCAAAAAGUGAAUAUGGGAAUGCCAAGUGCCGCUCAUAUUGUUGCGCAGGGUCAAAGCAAAUCACACAGACAGGCUGCACCACUCACAGUUACAACUAAUAGCAAACAAGAGCAGCGUAAUCAAUACUAUGCCAAUAACAAUAACAAUAGUAAACGCUAUUUACCAUCUCAAAUGCCUCCACAACAACAAUCGCAACACCAACAAGUUACCAGCACUUCGGUUGCAAAAAUGAACACGUUACCCGUGGCGGAGACUAUCGAAGUGCCUGACAGUAGCGACAGUGAUGAUGAUAAUGUUAAAUCUAAUAGACGAGAGGUAGCUAGUGGAGGUAAUAAAGAACGCUUGGCGAACGGCGGUGGCGCAUCUACCGGAAUACCAACGCUUAUUAUUAGCGGCAGUAGCAGUAGUAAUAGUAACAGUCACUUGAGUGCCACUCAGCAACAGCUUCAAAACAAAUUCAAGUAUGAGCAGCAGCAGCAGCAACAGAGCGCAAACGGUGCAAGUAGCAGUGGCCAGACAGCAAACAAAAACAGGGAGAGCAACCGCAAGGCUGACGCUCCCAAUAACAGCAACAAUGCCGAAUUGGAGCGUAUACAACGGGAAAUCGAAGAAGUAACCCUCGUCCACACGAAAUGCAUCAUAAAACUCUUGCUUAUACGAGCCAAAUAUGGUGUCAUUACUUUGGUUCUUGAGGCUAUACAACAAAGUCCAUUCCUAGUUGGCAUGCAUUAUGCAUUCCAAACGGAUUCGAAAUUAUAUUUAAUUUUGGAUUACGUCAGUGGUGGCGAAUUAUUCACGCAUCUCUAUACAGCCGAACAUUUUUCGGUAGCAACAGUACGCAUUUAUAUUGCCGAAGUGGUGCUCGCUUUAGAGCAUCUGCACAAAUUGGGUAUAAUAUAUCGCGAUAUAAAACUUGAAAAUAUUUUACUAGAUGGCCAUGGUCAUAUAGUGUUGGCCGAUUUUGGUUUAUCAAAGAUAUUCGAACCAGAUUCGGAUCACCGAGCGCAUAGCUUUUGUGGUACACUAGAAUACAUGGCACCAGAAAUAAUACGCGCUGGUCCAACUGGACAUGAUCUCGCUGCCGAUUGGUGGUCUGUUGGCGUGCUCACAUAUGAAUUGCUCACUGGCGCAUCGCCUUUCACUGUUGUCGAACAACAAAACUCUCAAGUAGAUAUAUCUCGUCGCAUACAAAAAGUCGAUCCGGUACUGCCAUCGACACUGAACGAUACGGUAAAAGACUUUAUACUAAAAAUGCUUCAUAAGGAUCCCAAAAAGCGUUUAGGUGGAAACAACAAAAAUGCUGCCGAUAUCAAAAAGCAUCCCUUCUUCAAAGGUAUCGACUGGGAUGAGUUGAAGAGCAAAAGGCGAAAAGCUCCAUUCAAACCGAAAUUAGAUAGUGAGGAUGAUACUCAAAACUUUAGCGAAGAAUUUACCAAACAACCAGUGAUCGAUUCUCCAGCGCCGGUUCCUGUCAACACCCACAGAUUGUUUCGUGGCUACUCGUAUGUGGCACCGCAACACUUGAAUUCACUUAGAACGACACAAAAGGCUUGCAACGUUGAGUAUUGCAAAGAUCCAAUUACGACUCCCUCGCCUUGUCCGUCCACGCUGCAAUUAGGACGCCUUUUGAGCAACGGCAGCUUCGGCAGUUGUUACAUUCUCAACGAUAGUGAAAAGGAGCUUAAUCAUGUUGUGAAAGUCAUAUCUGAAAAACUGUAUCGGCCUGCUGAAGUGGACGCUUUGCGUUCUUGUAGUCAUAGCAAUAUCUGUAAAUAUGUGGAUACAUAUCGCAACGAUUCGAGUAUUUGGAUUGUUAUGGAACAUGUGGGUGGCGGCGAACUGCAGGAGUUUGUACACUCGUCUGGCGGUCUAUCUGAGUCACAGUGCUGUGAUAUUUUCCUACAAAUUUGUGAUGCUGUGCAAUAUUUGCACUCAAAGAAUUUCAUACAUGGAGAUUUAAAACCGGAAAACAUACUGUUCGCCGAUACGCAAAUGAAGCGUAUAAAGUUGGUGGAUUUCGGUUCAGCAAGCUACAACUCAACUGCUGAAACUUGGCAGGAUGUUCCCCGCUACACGCUUGAUUAUGCGCCACCCGAGAGCCUCACAGAUGCACAGCUCACAACGUACUCAAAAGCCUAUGACGUCUGGUGCCUAGGCGCUACACUUUAUGCAAUGUACAUGGGUCAUCCGCCGUUUAGACGGGGGCAAAGUGAGAAGGUCAAUGAACGUGUGGUGAAACAACGUAUAUUAGACGGUGAUAUACAAAAUAACUCCACGCGUUGGAAAAAUGCUAAACCAGCAUUAAAACAGCUGAUUGUGGAACUUUGUUUGCAGCGAGAGUCGGUAAAACGUGCGUCUAUUGAAGGAUUGCUGGGCCAUCAAUUCCUUUGUGCUAAAUUCGAUGAACUACAGAAGGUGCUUCGCCGUUUGAACCGUCAACAGUCCGAAGAAUUGGAUAAUUCAGAUGUUGAGGAAGUGUUUGCAACUGAAACAGAUGCAGUGUCCGAGAAAGUGGAAGCUUAUGUUGAGGUGGCUAAUGAAAACGAAGUAGCAUUGGAAAAUAUUUCGUCUGCCGGUGAAGGACAGCAUGAAGAUGAAUUUAUUGGUUAUGAAGAGGUGGUAGAGGUGGAAGGUGUGGGUGCUGAAUUAAUCGAAAUGCACACAGAAACUGUGGUGACUGAAGAAGCUAAUGAAAUUGAUCAAGGACAGCAACCAGUCGAGCUGGUAGCAGUUGACGAAUCUGAUAAUUAUGUCGAAUGGCAAGCCGCCGCUUCAACUUUGUACUCAGCACCAGAAUCCGAUACCCAAUCGACGCACGAAAGACUCGAGUCAGAAGGUGACACAACCAGUGGUCUAGGCCGUAGCAAGUCAUCAGAUCACACACUACUCGAACGACAGACUUUGAGUGUAAAUAGUUUGAAUGGACUGGAAACAAGUGGGGAACAAAUUGAGGUCGGAGAACUCGCAGAAUUAGAGUGUGUUAUUAGUGAAAAGACUGUAAGCGCAGAUGAAUUGAAUGACAGUAUGCUAGAAGAGGAAGUGGAAGUGCAAGAGGAAGGAUUUGCUGGAUUUGAUGAGGACGAAAUUGUGGAACGUAAAGUGAAUUAUAUAGACAUCUUGCUGGCACAGAUUGAACAGAAUAAGGCUGUCAUGGCUGAAGUUGACAAUAAUCAAAUCGACGAUGUGGCAGCGCCUAUCAAGACUGAACCAGCCGUAGAAGAGACAAGCGAAAAUAUAAGUGCAAUUAAAGAAAAAGAUAGUACUAAAAUUAAGAAACCCUUGAAAGAACUGAAAAAUAACGACAUGGAUAUUCUAACCACAAGUAUAAAGGAGAUGGCAAGUUCGCUGGACACGAAUGAACAGCCGCAAGAUUUGCGAACGGUCAACAAGAAGCAACGAAACGUAAGGCAAGUACGCGCGAAUACGCAAUCGGCUGUUACGAAUUAUAAGACUGGUGCAAGGAGAAAAACAGCGGCGUUGCCCCUACUGAAAAUUGAACCGAAAGAAGAUGACGACGAUGAGGCAGGUGAAGAAGAAGAAGCUAUGGUUGAAAAAGAUAUUAAUAAAAAUAAUACCGAGCUACCAUUGGCUGCCCGAUCUAAAGCGAUACAAUCACGUCGCAAUCGACGUAGCAUACGCCUGCCUACCCAUGACGAAGAGAACAAUUGGUUAGGCCUGACAUCGCAGCUGCAAGCAAAACAUGCACAACGCUUCAAAGCACGUUAUCGGAUGUUCACUAUUUUGCUGUUCAGUACACAGAAUGCACUACGUUACUUCAAGUUCGAACGUCGUUACUAUGAAUACCAAACGCCAAAAGAUGAUAAUGCUCACGAGCAGAAUACUAUAAUGACGAUAAUUAAAAAGGAAUUCGAGGCGGAAGAAGAGCCGCCCAAGAGCGAUAAGAGUGAUAAACAAAAAAAUAUUGACGUAAAAGCCAUAAAUAAAACGCUUCAAAAGCAAACAAAUGGCGAAGUUAAUUCAACCAUAUCAGAGUCAGCAACUUUGAAGUUGACGAGUGGUAUGAAAGAGGAAAGAAACCGAAGUCAUAGUCAAAUGAGCAGGCAUGCAAGUACCAGCAAGGAUGUGGCACCCUCAACAGCUGUGCAUGUGCUGUCCGUUGGUACGCUACGUUCGUUACGUCAGCGCCACGUAUACAAAUGAUUGGCGCAUCUAUUGCGCAUUAUGGUGGAUCUAGAAUUCAUAGUGGGCUAUAGAUGUGGUCAAAUGGCAGACCAAUAUCACAUAUUUACUUUUCACAUCUUUAUAAGUUAUUUUUGUCAAUUCAGUUAUGUUAUGAUUUAAAGCCAACGGAAAUAUGGGCUAUUAUGAAUGAAUGUGCGUGAAACAUGCGGAAUGCAGGUAUUAAUUGCGAGACGUAAUUUUAAAAUUGUUUAAAAACUUAUUUUAAUUAUGUAAAUAACAUUUAAAAUUAUUAUACUAUGCAUUGCAUUGAUUUUUUUUUUUAGCCAGUGGAAUAAAAAGAAUUUCGUCUAAUAUUUGAUUGGAAAUAGAAGAUAUUGGAAAGCAGUUAAAAAAAAAAACAGUAAAUAUGUAAAUAUUUGCUUGCGGUAGGGCUUAGUCCGUUAACUGACGAAACACCGAUUCCAACUUAUUUUUAUUAUAAUUUGCUCUCUAACAAAAUAUGAGAUAUUUGUUGUAAUUUUAUUACAGGUGAGUGCAGAGAUUGAAGGAAUAACUCAGGUAUUAAUAUAAAAUCAUAAAAAGCUGCGCGAAUCUCGGAAGCAAUUUCAUUAUUUGUAUGCUUAAAUCCUUUCAUAAAAUAAUUUUAGGCGAACCGCACUUAACUGUAAUUCUUAAUGCUGCGCGCACAUUCGUUAUUUUUUUUGUGUGUGUGUUAAAAUAAUUGUAAUUUGUUUAUUACAAGAGUACUAAAACAGAAAUUAGUAUUUAAUGUAAUGGAUACACAUGAAAAAGCUUAUUGUACCUAUAGUUCAAUUUAAACGAUAUUUAAAGAUGCGAGCAAUAAAUAUAUUAAAAAAAAAUACCGAAGAAACAAGAAAACAAAAGUUAUAAUAAUGACUGCUAUUAAGUAAAUAAGGAACAAAGGCAUAGUUUUUUAGUAAUGGUUGAUUGCGAGAGAGAGUGAGAGAGAUGAAAUACAUGCGUCUAUCUCAAUAUAAUAUUUGCACGAAACCAAAUAAGAAGAGCAAAUUGAAAACAAGUAAACGUAUGAAAUUGUAGGUAGUAUAUAUAAAAGAGAGAAUACUGACGACAGUCUCAUUCGGAAAAAGUCGUAGCUAAAAAAAUAUUAAUCGACUGGGAACAAAGCUAUCAAACAGACAAAACAAAAUGAUGAUGCGUGCAUACAAUAAUUUCCAUUUAUUAUUAAUAAUAUUGCAAAUUUGUACAAUUUGCGCAUAAUACAUAUGUACAUAUGUGUGUUUUAGCAUAAACGAGGAGGUAAAUAGAGGAUAUAAGAAGACGAAAACAAUUUUAAUUGCUUAUUAAACAAACAAAAAAACGUAAGAAAAAGUCAGCUUAAAAACCCAGCACAUAUAAAUGUAUGUAUGUAUAGAAAUAGUUUAUGAAUUAACUAAUAAAUGAAUAUUAUUACAUAAAUAUACUAAAUUUUAUAAGCCAAUAAUAUUAAAGCGGUUAAGUUAAUGUUAACCCCUAUAAAUGUACUGAGUAAUAUCAUACAUACAUAAAAAUGUAUGAAUUCGAAGUGUACUUUUGUAGUUAUAGCGAAAUGGGACGGCGAUCAUGAACAUGAGAAUUGUAAUUGCAAUUUUCUUUUAGAAAAAAAAGUAAUGAAAUUAAGUAGUCGUUUUUGUUUUUAUUAAACACCAACACCAACAAAAAUAUGGUCCACAUAUUGUCAAGAAGGAUUUUAAAGAUCAAGACAUCAAUACACAAAUUUAAUUGUGCUACGCAUUUGGUUGUGCCUGCAGCGAUAGCUGAAACUUGCACUGGCAUGCAAUCAGCUUAGUAGGUACCGAUACUUUAUAUAUAAAAUCCACCUAUCUACAAUUUUCAUAAAAUUAAGUUUCCGUCAUUACCGAUCAUCGCUGACUUAUUUGUCAUCAUUGAUAUUAAGAACUUAAUUUCAGUUGCCAGCGAAUUUUAUUGUUAGAAUAAAUUGAAGGAGAAAAGUUAAGUCAGAUGAAUGACCAGUUUGGGAAACUCUUUUAAUAAAAUCAAAUAAUUUCCCCUAAAUUUUAUUUUCUAGGCGUUGCAGCUAAACCUAGUUCGCAUCCCAAUGCAGAAUUUAUAGGCUCAGCAUUUGUGAAGCAAAAUGUGUCAUGCAAAGUUGUUACAAAUAAUCAGAAAAAGAAUUCUGUUAAACUUUCUUCAAUGAGUUGCUAACUUUGUUGCUUUCGCAGCACAACAACUUUUUUGUUACUAAAUUUGUUUUUGUUGUAAUUUUCAAUUGUGUUGAAUCAAUUUUAAUUGCGUUUUUCACUCCUUAUUUAAAUAGUUUUUUUCGCUAAUUCUACAAUAAAAAAAGUGCCAGACUUCUGUUCCUCAUUUUAUUCAGCGUACGAUAUGAUUUAUUCGUUUUGAAUAUUAAUUUAUGCCUUCUUUUCUUUAUCCACAUCUAAGGACUUUUGGCGCACUAACUUAAAUUCAGUUAGCAUUUUUUUGGGCCAUUUUCAUAGUGCAGAGUUAGUUUUUAUACUGAAAAUAGCCAGUGAACUGCCGUAUGUGAAUUAACUCUCCACUGUGAAAACGGUCCUCAGAAAUAAAAUAGCGCCUUUUUAAUUAUUACAUACAUACAUACACAUAAAUACAUAUCGUCGAUCGCCCAUCGCCCAAUUGCAAAACCGCCUAUCUUAUGGCACUCAAAUUUUACAGGAGAGCGAAAAAACGGUUUAUUCUUUGAAGGUAUUGCCUUGAUAGACGAUAUUUUUUCUAGCUAUUAUUUCACAAAUCUGUUGUUUUAAUAACGAUUUAACGAUUUUUAUGCAUCAAUCUUGAUGCCUGGGGUUCAGGGUCACCAAAUCUCAUUCUUAUCACUACGGCAAUUCAGGCAGUUUUGCAAAAACUUCGACGAUAUGUAUGUCAGCAUAUUAAAAAGUUCUAAACUUAAACUGUUUUUUUUUUUUUUUUAAGCUCAGCAUUCUAAUCAAACUGCGAGAAUUUAAUGAAGCUUAUUCGAAAUUUAAUUUUUAAAUCAUGCAACUCGAUAACGAGCCUUUAAAAAGUUACGUAGUUUUACUGCUUUUUUAAUAAACUAAUGAAAUUAUAAUAAAUGUUACAAACAUAAUGAAAAAAAAAA